UGGAGCUCGGACUGGGAAGUGCCGACGGGGGGGUGUGUUUGUGAUGGUCGAGGCGUCUGUGCCCUCUUAGGAAGCAAAUUUAUCUGCAGGAGCUGUUGGGCAAUUAGCCACAAUGUCAAACAAGGAGGUGAAGGCAGCAUUAAAGAGUGCUAGAGAUGCAAUACGAAAUAAAGAAUAUAAGGAAGCCUUAAAACAUUGCAAGGCAGUCUUGAAGCAAGAAAAAAAUAACUACAAUGCUUGGGUAUUUAUUGGCCUGGCAGCUGCUGAGUUAGAGCAGCCUGAUCAGGCCAAAGGAGCAUAUAAGAAGGCUAUUGAACUUGAACCAAACCAGUUACUGGCGUGGCAGGGAUUAGCAAAUUUAUAUGAGAAAUCCAACCAAACAGAUGUCAAAGAAGACUUAGCAGAUGUUUACCAAAAGCUCUUGGAACUCUAUGAAAGUGGUGACAAGCAGAAAUGGUGUGAUGUAUGUAACAAGCUUGUGGAACUGUAUCAUCAUGAAAAGAAAUAUUUGGAGGUGGCUGAAACAUGGCAGAAACUGAUACAAAUGAAGCAGGAGGGAGGUGCUGAGAAGGCAGAGCUUCAUCAGCUUUGGAAGAAGAUGAUCCAGUUGCUGAAAGACAGUACACCGAACCAGGAUAAUAAGACUGGACAGUUGCUUUUGACUGCAUUUGAACACGCGGUAAACUCUGCUGACACUGUUCCUGGUGAAGACCACCAAAAUCUUUACAAGGACUUUAUUCAGUGCUUGUCAAAAUUUCCUCAUGAAACAGCUAGGUUGGAGAAGGCCUGUAAUGAUAUGAUGGCUUUGUAUCCUACUGUGAGCUAUCCUUUGGAAGUACUUUGCUUGCACUUUGUUCAAUCAGGUACUUUGUCGGAAGAGGCCCUGCACUGUUUUUCUAGGCUUUUGGAGAUGGAUGCAAGUAGUGGUCCAGGCAUCAUUGGUUUUGGUAUAAAAUGCCUCCAAGAAAAGAAAUACAAGGAGGCUGUUAAGAGUCUUACUGAAGGUUUGCAGAAGACUAGCCAGUGUCCAGCCGCGUGGCAUUAUUUGGCAGAGGCACAGAUGAAAAUCCACAAACACAGGGACGCUGUCCUGUCCUGUAAUCAAGCUCUCGAGUCUCUUGGAACUCCUGAGGGUCCUAAUCUUCGGUGGAAGAACCUUAUCCUUCAGUUGAAAGCAGAGGCUUUGAUUAAAAUAGCUGAUGCUGAUGCUGCAGAAGAAGCCAUUAAAGCACUUGAGCAGAUUGUGGAUGCAAGCAGUGAUCCAGUGGUUUUGUCUAUCAGAGGUCAAGCUUAUCUAAACAAGGGUUUAAUGGAUCAAGCUUCAAAGAUUUCACAAGAGCUUCUGUUGUCCCACCCUGAUCUGGCUGAGUCCCAUGCUCUAGAGGGUUUCAUCCAUUAUUCCCAAAAGAACUAUGAACAGGCAGAAAGAAGUUUUCUAAAUGCUAUUGAAAGAAAGGCUGAAACUGCAGAGUAUCAUCAGUACCUGGGUCUCACAUACUGGUUCAUGAGUGAUGAGACAAAAAAAGACAAAGGAAAAGCACUCACUCAGUUCUUGAAGGCUGCAAAAUUGGACAGCUACUUGGGAAGUGUCUUUUGUUAUUUAGGUAACUACUACAGAGACAUUGCUGGAGACAAAAGUAGAGCUCGUGGUUGCUAUAAGAAGGCUUUUGAACUGGAUGGAACCGAUGAAGAAUCUGGAACUGCAGCCGUAGACUUAAGCGUGGAACUUGGAGACAUGGACACUGCUCUGUCAAUCCUGAAUGAGGUAACUGAAAAAGCGAGUACUGGUACAGCAAAAUGGGCCUGGCUUCAUCGUGGACUUUACUACCUGAGAACUGGUCAGCCGUCACAAGCAGUGGCUGAUUUGCAGGCAGCUCUUAGGGCUGAUCCAAAGGAUUCCAACUGCUGGGAGUCUCUAGGGGAGGCUUACUUGAGCAGAGGUAGCUAUGCAACAGCUCUAAAAUCCUUCAGGAAAGCAAGUGAGCUGAACCCAGGGCUUGUGUACAGCAUUUACAGAGCUGCAGCAGUUGAGCAGAUUCUAGGCAAAUACGAAAAUGCUAUAGCUACCUAUCAACAAAUCUUAAAGAAGACAGAAGAUUAUGUGCCUGCACUUAAAGGACUUGGUGAGUGCUAUCUCAUGCUGGCAAGAUCAGCCCUUGAUAACUAUUUUGAUAGGAAGGCUGUGGAUUACAUAGAGCAGGCUCUUGAAUUUUUUACAAGGGCAACAAAGCACCGUCCUGAUGUAUCUUGCCUCUGGAAACUGCUUGGAGAUACCUGUACAAGCGUGCAUGUUAUUUCACCAACGAAAGUGAACGUUCAAGUUCUAGGAUCCCUUCUGGGUAAAAAUGCAGGCAAACAAAUGCUGAAGAAAAGUGAACUGCUCAGACUGGGAGGAAGGUGUUACGGCAGAGCUUUAAAAUUGAUGUCUUUGCCUAGCAUAUGGUGUGAUCUUGGAAUAAAUUAUUAUCGACAAGCAGAGCACCUCACAGCAGUGGGCACUGACAUGAAUGAGAUCAGUGAACUGCUAGAGAAGUCUUUACAGUGUAUCAAAAAAGCUGUGAGGCUUGACAGCAAAAAUCAUCUUUAUUGGAAUGCACUUGGUGUAGUUGCUUCCUGUAGUGCUAUUGGGAAUUAUGCUCUUGCUCAACAUUCGUUCAUCAAAUCUGUUCAAGCUGAGCAAAUCAAUGUUGUUGCCUGGACCAACUUGGGGGUUUUGUAUCUGGCAACUGGAAACAUUGAGCAAGCUCAUGAAGCCUUCAAGGUAGCCCAGUCUCUGGAGCCUUCUUACUUACUGUGUUGGAUUGGGCAGGCUCUUAUUGCAGAGACAGUAGGCAGCUAUGAUACCAUGGAUCUCUUCAGGCACACCACUGAACUUAGUAUGCAUACUGAGGGAGCAAAAGGCUAUGCCCACUGGGUAUGUUCAACGCUGCAGGAUAAAAGCAACAGAAACACUGAACUAUACCUGUACAACAUUGUUCAAAUGAAUGCUAUUCCAGCAGCCCAGGUGGUCUUGAACAAAUAUACAGAAAGAAAUCCAGACGAUGCGUCUGCUUUCACAAUGCUUGGUUAUUUGAAUGAGUAUCUGCAUCUAAAAAGGCAGGCAACAGAUGCCUAUGAGAGGGCAGCUUCAUUGCUGAAGAACUCUGACGAUACUGAGAAAUAUAAUACAGCAAUGCAAAACUAUGGCAGGUCACUGUGUGCCCUUGGUCAGUGUGAUAAGGCCAUUGAGGUUUACACAUCCACACCACUAACUGAGUUUGAUGGCAUUGUGGGGAUAGCGUUAGCCUACUUCAAGAAAGGACUUUUACAAGAAAGUAUCAAAGCAUAUGAAAAAGCCUUGUCUGUUGCCGAGUCUGAACAAGAUAAAGCACAUAUCCUGACUGCCUUGGCAAUAAUAGAGUAUAAACAGAACAAAGUCGAUGCUGCAAAGGCGCUGCUGUUUAGAUGCUCAUUAAAGGAACCUAGUAUGGAAAGUCUGCAGGCUUUGUGCACGCUAGGACUGGUAAAGCAGGAUGCUACACUUGCAACAGCAGCCCUAAAAGAAUUACUGAAGCAUGAAAAAGGGGAUGACAGGAUUUAUGAGAGGUGCCUUAUUGCGUCUGCUGUUUAUGCAUUACAAGGUAGAAAUCUGGGGGUCCAGAGAGAAGUCUCCAAAGCAAUACAUAGUAACCCUGAUAAUCCUGCCCUCUGGUCUCUUCUGUCUCGACUAGUUCCACUGUAUGCAUCACGAAAAGCAAAAGGUGGAGCUGUGGCAGGAAACAUCGCACAUGUACUUGAUGUAAACCAUGGAAAGGAAGUCCUGCUGAAUAUUGCAGUUAAUCAGUUGGCAGCAGGAUGUCACAUGUUAGAAGAUGAGAAAAACAAUCCUUUGAAAAAUAUUCAGAAGGCAAUCCACCUCUGUCCAGAUAAUCCUGCUGCCUGGGCAGUGCUAAUGGCAGCCUGUCAUGCUGAAAACACCGUUGCCUGUCUAAAUAACACUCAGCCAAAGCGGACGGAUCUAGAGAUGACACUUGUAUCUACAGUUUCAGCCAAAACUGGAGAAAAUAACCUUCCGCAUAAUUAUAUCCGGACUCUUGAAGACUGGUGUUUAUGUCAAGCUAUUACCAGUCUAGAGGAGACUGGUAAACUCUCAGAAGCUGAAGCACUUUGUACCAAGGGUUUAAAAAGCUGCCCUGAGCACCCAGCUCUGUUUUUGCUCUUGAGACAAGUUCAGUGUAAGCAGCUGUUGCAGUCUCACAAAGAACUUCCAGACACCAUCCUGGAGGAGCUUCACAAGACAGUCAUGACCAGUUCAACCUCAGUUGCAGCCUGGCAAUGGCUGGCAAAAGUGUAUCAGUCUCAAAGAAUGAUGGUUGGAGCAGAGAUGUGUUACAGAAAGAGUCUGCAGUUGGCAUCACAGCAGGGCAGCUGGAACGGGAAGUUAUCCAGUCUGCUCAGGCUAGCUCUGCUCGCACUAGAAAUCUGCAUGGCUAAUGUCUCAAAUGAGCACUGGCCAUCCUUGGUUCAGGAGGCAACAACUGAAGCUUUGAAACUUUCUUCUUGCCCCCUGGCAGCUCUCCUACAAGCACUGCUACAGUAUAAUCGCAAAAUGGGAGCAAGGGAGACUCGUCGGAUGUUGGAAAGAGUGGUAUAUCAACCAGGGAAUCCAGAAACCAUAGUGUCAGUGGCACGCUGGUACCUCCUGCAACAUCUGUACGCCAAAGAUGAUUAUGAAUUAAUAGAUGUGCUUAUAGAAAAUGCCAAAGCCAAUGGAGAUGUUAGAGCUCUGGAACUAAAUGAGAAAUUGUCAGCAAGUGCCUAGUAUAGACUAUAUCAAGUGAAAAAUCUUCAAUUCAUGCAACUUAAUCAGUCCAUCUUCCAGGAGCAUAUGUGGUUUGGGCUUUUUUAUUUGUUUGAGUCUGGUUUUGUUUUUUUGUUGCAUCAGUUGCAACUUUGUCUUUAGUUUUACUUUUUCUUGAACAGAAGUAGUUUAUUUUCUUGUUGACAUGGGUUCCACCAUAGAAAUACACUUUAUUUGAAAGGAAACCCCUGAAUUUUGCUUUUGUUUUCUUCCUUACUGAAACUUCAGUGCUAUUCGCAAUGGAGAGUGCUUGUCUGUAUUUCCCUGUUGGCCACACACAGAAGUACAAUAUUAACUGCAUUGGCAGUGAUGCAAGGUUUUCUUGGCACAGAAUCUCACCAGCUAAGUAGCAGCAAACUUUUCUUCUCUCCCAGAUAUUGUAACACAUUCAGACAUUUAAAAAGCUUAUAUUCCUCUGUUACACUUUGUUUUGCAGUUGAGACCCAAGUCCACUUGGAACUUCAUGUGUGGUGUCAGUCUACACUUUUUUAAAUAUAUAUUUUUUUUUAGCUAAUCUUAAUUACAGCAGUGUAUCCUCUUGACUGCAGGCUUCAGUAAACAUUCCCAUCAAGAAAAGCUUGUGAUCGUCAGGGACAGGGUCAUAUUUAUAAAUGUGUAUAACAGGCUGUAUUUAUGUCUUGGUAAUUCUGCUGCUGACUGCUUAAUUGGAUGAGUCAUGACAGUGGUUCUUAAGACGUGAUGUUAUUUUGCCUUUAUGUACAUGAAAAUAAAAAAAUAAAGCAA